UUUUAGCUCUUAAAAAUGCAUGUAAACAUUACAUAACAAUGUGUUUAUGAUAUCCUCCUGCUGCUCAAAGUUGAAUUGCCUCUAAUUCACUCUGACAGAUAAAUCAAACAUCCGGAUCCACCAAACUACAGUAAGGCAGAGGGAAUCAAAGUAAAAUAAUGGAAGAACAAUCUGCAGGCUUCGUCCUGGCUGACUACGCAGUCUUCGCUGCCAUGUUGUUUGUCUCUAUGGGCAUCGGACUCUUUCAGGCCCUGAAGAAGGGGUCAGGGGAAGCCACUGCUGAUGACUUCUUCAUGGGGGGUCGGAGCAUGCCGGCAGUGCCCGUCGGUCUGUCGCUCUGUGCCAGUUUUAUGUCAGCAGUCCAGGUUCUGGGUGUUCCCGCAGAGGCUUCUCGCUAUGGCUUUAAAUUCCUCUACAUGUGCCUGGGACAGAGCAUCAACUCCGUGCUGACAGCUUACCUCUUCUUGCCAGUUUUCUUUCGACUGGGCAUCACCAGCACCAAUCAGUAUCUGAAGAUGAGAUUUGGUCGAGGGAUGCAGCUGUUAGGAAGUGUCCAGUUUCUGCUGGCGACGCUGCUUUACACAGGGAUUGUCAUCUAUGCACCCGCUUUGAUCCUCAACCAAGCUACCGGACUCAAUCUGUGGGUGUCUCUGUUUUCUACUGGGAUCAUUUGCACCCUGUACACAACAAUGGGGGGCAUGAAAGCUGUGAUCUGGACUGAUGUGUUCCAGAUUAUUGUCAUGUUGGCUGGCUUUGUAGCCAUUUUCAUCCAUGGCACAGUUCUGGUUGGUGGUCCUUCACUGGUGCUGGAGAUCGCUAAAAAUGGAUCCCGCAUGAAUUUUGAUGAUUUCAGCAUUGAUCCGCGACAGCGCUAUUCCUUUUGGAGCCUGUCUGUGGGGGGUGCAAUGGUUUGGCUGUCCAUGUACGGGGUGAACCAAGCUCAAGUCCAGCGCUACAUCUCCUGCAGAUCAGAAAAAGAUGCCCAGUGGUGAGUUAGGACCUAUCUAUCAUUCAG